UCCCUUCCCUCGCGACCUACGAAGUCGAUUGUGGUUUAGGGUGUGUCUUAUCAGGCCAAAAAAAUACGUAUUUGGUUACGAAACCGUAUUGUCUUGAAAUAUAUGGAGGCGUUCCUCUACGUUUCCGUAAAAAGAGCGAAGCGUAUUUUUUCUGGGCUUGCUCCUUUUACGUUUCGGUGAAAAAUUUCCCGCUUUUUUGCGACUACCGGAGCAGACACCGGUCACGCGUGCUGUCUUCAACACAUCACACCUAGACAGCACCAACAACACCCCAAAGUGCUUCCCAAGGCAACUCCACUACCAUGCCUGAGCGUGGGAAGCGUCAAGAUCCCAGGGGGAUCGCAGCGCAACGCCGGGAGAAGCGCCGUCGGCGAGCUAUCGACGAGGAGGAUGUACGUCGAGCCGUGGCGAAUUCCGUAAAUUUUGAAAAAAUACGCACCUUCGCGCCUUCUGCCGAUAAGAACCACUGGAAACCCUAGUUACGGUUCCGUGAAAAAAGUUACUGUUCGGUAAAAUAAGUCACGUAUUUUUUCGGCCUGAUAAGACACAGCCUAAGUCGUAAUAUAUGUACUGUAGUUUUUAAAAGGGGAGGGGGGGGGAUCAGUAUGGCGCACCAGCCUUAGGUUUGGGGGCAGACAGAGUUUAUAUGUCUCUGUCUGUUGGGUGGCUGAUGUUUAUACUGAUCGUAAGGAGUAGACCGGGGGCGUGUGUGGUGUUGCCCUGCCUGGUCUCCGCUCUUUUCCCCUCCCCCUUGGCGAGCAAAGGGGGUACGCAAAAUAAUAAUGACAAAUUUCGAAAGCAUCGAGAAAAGCGAAAGAUUGUCUGACGAAGUAAGGGAAAUCUGCGUUUUGUGAGAAGCGGCAGAAAUAAACCUUGGCCAAUCAGAAAGCAGGAAGCGGACGAGCGUGUUGGUGUUCUGUUUUCAGUCUACUCGCUUCGCCGUGUUUACCGGGGGCGAGCGAGAGCACGUGUGCGUGUGGUGGCCAAGGGUUGUUUUCUGCUGUGACGUUUCUACUCGCUUCGCCGUGUUUACCGGGGGCGAGCGAGAGCACGUGUACGUGUGGUGGCCAAGGGUUGUUUUCUGCCGUGACGUUUCUUUUUCCCACCCACCCACCCUUGCUUUUGGGGGUGUCAGUGGACAUGGAAAUAGGAGCAGCGGCGUUGUGUUCAGGGUGAGUGUCCGUCGGGGGGGACUCACUGUGUAGCCGCAGUCGGGGUUGCGUGUGCCUAUGCUGGGCGCAGUUCCGAGGUGCUCGUCCCAUUUAUUUUGAGCGGGAUUGGUGUACAUCGCACUUCAGGUAGUAUAUGCAGGACGCAUGUUGUUGGGUGUAUCGGACCGUUGCAUGGUUGGGGGAGUGCACUCCUGGCUGCUGUGUGUGGCUAUGUUGGUGCUACGCGCUUCCCCGUUACGUGCGUGACGAGUCUGAUUGAUAAGUGGAUACGCAUACAUAUAAUAUGGCUUAUAUGUGGGUGUCCUGGUGUCCGGGUACAUGCGUAUUUUUCUGCAGUGCGAUGGGAAGGUCAGGGGAACAGAG